AGCUCCAAAAGAUCUUCAACACAAAAGGCAAAGGAGAGGGAAGAAAAACACACAACCUAACUAACAUUUCCUCUUCACUUUCUCUGUCUUCCAUCAUAUAAAGAACAUUAAGCUAACCGCCAAUUCCUCUUCACUUUCUCUAUCUUUCCAUUCAUAGAACAUAUCACAGGUAGGACUGACUUAAGAUAGACAAUUCGUGUGCUUUUUGUGCCAGAGGUUUUUUCGGAAGGGUACUUUCACAAAAGAGAGAGAAUUUGAGAAAGGGAAAAUACAGAGAGCGAGAGAGAUUCUGUGAGCUGGAGGACACUCAAUGGAGAGAAAUCGAUGAUUUACCGUGAAUCGUCGCUUCCGAAUUUGCUUUUUUGCUGUGGAAUUGAUAAAUAUACAAGUUUAAUACACUGAAAGAGUUACGGCAAUGAGUUACUAUGUCCCUGAUUUUGAAAUGGACGAAGACUAUCCGAUUCUGUCAUCCUCAUCAGGUUUAACCAGGUCAAAGAAAUCAGCAAUGGCUGAGGAGGACGAUCUCAUGGAGCUAUUAUGGCAAAACGGACAAGUAGUAGUCCAAAGCCAGAACCAAAGAUCUUCCAAGAAAUCUCACGUAGCCGAGGAGGCGGUCAUCCCCGCCCCACAAUCUAGUACCAGAGAGAUCCGAUCGGAGAAUGAAACCACAACUCACUUAUUCAUGCAAGAAGAGGAAAUGGCCUCAUGGCUUCACUAUCCAAUCGAUGAAUCUUCCUUUGACCGUGAAAUCUACGCGGAUCUUUUCUGUACAACGCCGUGCGCUCUCGUCACCGCCCCUUCCUCACGAGAAGUCCGGCCACCACUACCGCCGGUCACGUCAGGGACGACGACUGUCGCUUCUCGGCCACCGGUGCCUCCGGCGCGGCGUGCAGAGGUGGAGAGACCUGCUAUGUUUCAAAGUUUCACACACUCCAUAAGACCAAAAGGAAGAAUGGCAUCAGGACCGUCUAGCUCAAACAAGGCCGUGAGAGAAUCGACGGUCGUGGAUUCGAAUGACACCCCAAGUAUGGGGCCAGAAUCUAGAGUUUCGCGUGUGACGGAUAGUGUGGCUCAGGUUUCAGGCGCGCAUAUAGGCGUGUGCAGGACCAUGAGCGGCACUGAUGCGGCGGGUACGUCGUCCGCGGCAAUGGAGUUGGCGACCACGUGUGAGCUCACCAUGACGUCAUCUUCAAAUAAUUCCGGAGGCAGCGUCAGCGCUAGUGCGGAGCCGGUGCCGAAACCGACGCCGGAGAAACCAGAAGAUCGGAAGCGUAAAGAAAAAGAAUUUCACAGUGAGGAUGUUGAGUUUGAAUCUGCUGAUGCAAAGAAGCAAGUCCGUGGAUCAAUAACUAUGAAGAGAUCUCGUGCAGCAGAGGUCCACAAUCUCUCAGAGCGGAGGCGUCGAGACAGGAUAAAUGAAAAGAUGAGAGCUCUGCAAGAACUCAUACCUCGUUGCAACAAGUCUGACAAAGCUUCAAUGCUAGAUGAGGCAAUUGAGUACUUAAAAUCUCUUCAGUUGCAAGUUCAGAUGAUGUCCAUGGGAUGCAGUAUGGUCCCUAUGAUUUUUCCCGGUAUUCAGCAGUACAUGCCACCAAUGGGGAUGGGGAUGGGCAUGGGCAUGGGCAUGAACCAACCAAUGGUGCCAUUCCCCUCUGUUCUACCAGGUUCAACGCUGCCAACCCCACCUGGAUCAGCUCAUUUGGGUCCAAGGUUCUCUAUGCCAGCCUUUCAUAUGCCACCAGUUCCUUUACCUGAUGCAUCCAGAAUCCAAGCAACUAAUCAGCCAGAUCCAAUUUCUAUCGCAUCUCAAAAUCCCAACCAGCCACAGAUUCCAAAUUUUGCUGAUUCAGCAUAUCAACAGUAUAUUGGUCUACGCCAUAUGCAAGUACAGUUUCCUCAGACUCAAGCAGUUGUGCAACCAGGUCACCAUAAGCCAGGUAGGAGCAAAGAAGUUGGGAAGUCUCAGAAUCCUCAAGCUGGUUGAUUUUUUGGCGAUGAUCAAAGGCUAUCAAGCCUGCUAAAUUUUGUAGUGUUAAGAGAGACUACGAUAUAACAUAACAUGUAAUUAUUACCCACUAGUAAUUUUUCUUCUUACAUUUUUUGGCUUUGUAAUCCUCUUUCGAUCAUUUGAUAUGUGGAUGUGCUUCAAGUGAGAACUGAGUGAUCCCCAAAGCCUGUUCUCACGACGGUGACAACUUUUGCGGGGCGGGCCUACGUUUUGGGAUAGAGAAACAUUAUGACGCAUGUUCGGCGCUGCUGUUGUUAUUUGUCUUCUCUUUCCAAUUGUUGGGAGCCGACAAUAGUGCAGGGCAAAAGAGGUGGUGGUUGCCAGCCCGGCCCGUCCUACCCUUCCUUUUUUUGGUCACUACUUUCAUGACCAUUGGUGAUUGGUGACGUGCUUUUAUGCUGCUUAAGAUAUCGACUGUUCCGGACCAAAAAAAAAACAAUACUGUUUAUGUCCAGAAGAUCAUUGAAUUCCCAGACGCCACAAACAUACUAUCUCACAAGAGUAUCAUUUUCAGAAUUUACCAUGUUGUCCAAAUCAAGUCAAAUUUCUCCUUCCAAAUACAUUUGCACCUUACGGUCUCAAAAAAAUUAGCUUUCUAAGGUUCUUACAAAUGUACUUGAGAUGAGAAAUUUAUGUUUUGAUUGGAGUAACUU